AUGAAAAAGUUCCUUAAGGUCGCUGUACCUCGCUACAAACCGCCAAGCCGGGCAACUAUUGUGAGACUUAUUGAAGGGAAAUACGAGUCCUUACACUUAGUCGUUUGUGGUGCUUUAAAAAAUUUAAGUUCACUGGCCCUUACAACUGAUAUUGCCACAGUCAUGAACUCCACUCGGAGUUUUAUUGUGUUGACUGGACACUAUUUUGACGAAAAAGCGUGCAGCGUGAAAUCUCUGGUUUUUGGUUUAAAAGAGCUUACUCCUCAUCAUACUGCAAGAAACAUAUGCCUCGACCUAAAGGAAAUCUUUGAUCAUUGGAACAUUGAACCCCGCAUUGUUACAUCAGUAACAACUGACAAUGGUGCAAACAUUGUUGCCGCUGUUAAGGAUCUUUUUCCUUCAAGAUCAAAUAGCAUUCAUGUGUCCUGCUAUGCCCACAAUAUUAAUUUGGUGGUCUCCAAAGGAUUGGGCGCUGUUAAAGAGCUGGUAGCUAUAAUAGAAAAAGUGAAGCUUAUUGUGGCAUUCUUCAAGCAUAGCAAUGUAGCUCAAGAUCAGUUGAGGCAAGAGCAAGAAAAAGACGGUAGAAAAGAUGGUACAUUCUUGUAUUUAAUUCAGGAAGUCUCGACGCGUUGGAACUCCACUUUGCACUGUCUUCAAAAAUUUAAGGAAUUAUCAGGCUAUGUUGCAAAAAUUUUAGCAAAUUUUGUCUCAAAAAAGGCACCAUCUAUGAUUACUUCGUCUGAGCUUGCAAUCAUUGGCGAAUGUAUUGCACUUUUAUUGCCAUUAGAAAAUGCAACAAACGAUAUAUCAGGGGACAGUUAUGUUUCGGCUAGUUUGGUAAUACCAUUCACACAUUGCUUACAGCUGUCACUGACGAAAAUAUGUGCCACUUAUACAGAAACCAUACAACUGAAAGAUGUACUGCUACAGCAGGUAAAAUGUCGGCUACUGCCAUUAGAAAGCAAUAUACUGCUCGCCACUGCCACUGUUCUUGACCCUAGGUUUAAGAAAACCCAUUUUCAAUCGCCGAUAAAUUGUGCAAAUGCAAUUGAUUUUAUUAAAAAGGAAAUUGAACAGCGAACAGCUAAAGUUGGAAAUACUUCUCCAGUUCUUCAUAGCAGAUCUGACACCUCCGAACCUAAGGGCUAUAGCUUGUGGGAUGUCCACGAUGAAUUUUCGACUCAAAAUAACAUCGGUUUUAACGACGGUAACAGUUUCCCAAUGGAACUAAAAUUUUAUUUAAGUCAGCCAAUUUCACCUCGUUAUCAGGACUCUAUUAA